GGGCCAACAAUAGACAUGGUACGGAACACACGUGUUACUGGCUCGGUCACACGUGCGAUGUCCCCUGCCUCCCCUUCCACACUCCGUGUUUUAGUCGCUACAAACAGAGUGAGAGACGGCAGGAAGGGGGAGCGGAAGAAGGUCAUGGUGACGAAUAGCAGCGACUCUUCCCCGAGUCUUAGACAGAAACCUCAUGAAGAUGAUGCCGUUGAUAGCAUUGAAGACUUGCCGCGCAAAUUGAACCAACUCAAACAGCAAAUUCAAGGAGAAAGAGUGCUCUCUAUUAAAGGAAAAGUUGAGAAUAACAGAAAGAAAGUGGGCGCUCACGUUUCUCACCUUUUAACAGCAGCAUCGAACCGGGCUGGAUUAUUUCCAGGGGAUAAUGGAGACAACAGUAUGUUAUUUUCGAGAAUGGAAAGACCGCAAUGCUUAUUAGAUGGAUUUCCAUAUGGGGUGGGAGAUAGAGACUAUGCUCCGAGUAAGGAUGUUUUAUCAGCAAGUAUUAAGCUUCCAUAUGUUGAGAACAUCCCGCCGUACACCACCUGGAUAUUUUUGGACAGAAAUCAGAGGAUGGCUGAAGAUCAGUCCGUGCUUGGGAGGAGACAAAUUUACUAUGAUCAACAUGGUGGCGAGACACUCAUAUGCAGCGAUAGUGAGGAAGAUGCAGAACCCGAUGAGGAAAAACAUGAGUUUGCCGAGGGUCAGGACCGUGUUAUAUGGUCGAUUGGGCAGGAAUAUGGUUUGGGUGACGAGGUGCAGGAUGCUCUCUGCCAGUUCCUCGGACUAAAUGUUGAAGACAUUCUGGAAAGAUACAAUGAUCUCAAGCUGAAGAAUGAACAGAAUGUGGAGGAGUGUUCUGAUUCUGGAUCUAAACUUGGAAUUUCUCUGGAAAAGGGCCUUAGUGCUGCUCUAGAUUCCUUUGAUAACCUUUUCUGCCGCCGAUGCUUGGUUUUCGACUGUCGUCUACAUGGGUGUUCUCAGACUUUGAUUAAUGCUAGUGAAAAACAGCCAUAUUGGUCUGAAUUUGAAGGUGAUAGGAACCCCUGUGGUGAACAGUGUUACCUCCAGGUAAGGACUGUCAGAGAAGUUCCAGAGACAAGCAAUAUCAUUGCAACUAGAAUGGAAGAACGAGCUUCUGAAGAUGAAGGCAGGAAGCCUGUCUCCUCGGAUGAGUUGCAUGAUGCUUCUGGUGGUAUCAAUUUGUAUGUUGAAAAUAUUGAUGCUGCUCCCAAAAAAUUGGAUUUAUCCUCCAAUGCAGUAGUACAGGACCAUGAUAACUUGGGAAAGCGCAAGGUCUCUGACUCAGAAGCCUCCAUUGAUCUGCUGGAUUCUUUGAAUAAGAAACAAAAGAGUGUGGCCAAAGAUACAGAUGCACUAUUUGUCAAUCCUAUCCCUAGCUUGGAUCAUGCACUGGCUGGAAAAGAGCAUGAUCAAGAAGGUGAAACAUUCGGUGCUAAUGAAGUAAAUAGGGACUCAAGAGCUUGCUCUAAGGAACAACUUGAUGGCAAUACAGUCAAUUCUACUCGUCAUGAUGGUUCCUCAGAUUGCCAGCCAGAACUUGGUAGUGGAAGUGGAACAAAAGGCACUACUGAUAUGCUCAAGAUAAGCCAAUCCUCCGCUGAGUGGACACCUAUUGAGAAGGAACUUUACUUGAAGGGAGUUGAGAUAUUUGGAAGAAAUAGCUGCCUUAUUGCGAGAAAUCUACUUUCUGGCUUGAAAACAUGCCUAGAGGUGUCUUCUUACAUGCGUGAAAAUGGAGCUUCAGCCCUUCGCAGGUCUAGCACCCCAAAUUUGUUGUUGGAAGAUGGCAUGGAUGACCCGAACAAUGAGGAGCAAAACAUGCCAUCAAGAACAAAGUUAUUCCGCAGAAGGGGCAGAGCUCGGAAGCUGAAAUACUCUACAAAGUCUGCUGGUCAUCCAUCUGUCUGGAAAAGAAUAGCCGGUGGCAAAAACCGGUCCUGUAAGCAAUACACACCAUGCAGCUGCCAGUCAAUGUGUGGAAAGGAAUGCCCUUGUCUAACUAAUGGCACCUGCUGCGAGAAAUACUGCGGGUGCUCGAAGAGUUGCAAAAAUCGUUUCAGAGGAUGCCAUUGUGCAAAAAGCCAAUGCAGAAGCCGACAGUGUCCCUGCUUUGCUGCUGGUCGAGAAUGUGAUCCAGAUGUUUGCCGGAACUGCUGGGUUAGUUGUGGAGAUGGUUCUCUUGGCGAGCCACCUAAACGAGGAGAAGGCCAAUGCGGAAAUAUGAGACUUCUCCUGAGGCAGCAACAAAGGAUCCUCUUGGCGAAGUCUGAUGUUGCUGGAUGGGGUGCUUUUCUGAAGAACUCUGUCAACAAGAACGAAUAUCUUGGGGAAUACACCGGUGAACUGAUCUCUCACCGUGAGGCAGACAAGCGUGGCAAAAUAUAUGAUCGGGCAAACUCUUCAUUCCUGUUUGACUUGAAUGAUCAGUAUGUCCUUGAUGCUCACCGUAAAGGAGACAAGCUGAAAUUUGCUAACCACUCAUCAAAGCCCAACUGUUAUGCUAAGGUGAUGUUUGUAGCAGGAGACCAUAGGGUAGGGAUAUUUGCGAACGAGCGUAUCGAAGCAAGCGAAGAGCUGUUCUAUGAUUACCGGUAUGGACCCGACCAAGCUCCUGCUUGGGCUCGCAAACCCGAGGGUUCCAAGAAAGAUGAUUCAUCCAUCAACCACCGCAGAGCCAGGAAGCACCAAUCUCAUUGAUGAGGAAUAUAAAUAAAUAAAAUAAUUACAGGUAUAACGAGACUAUAGUAACUUUUUUGUUUUUAAUCUGUUUGGCUUUGGGGUUUUUGUGGGUUUCUCGUCCCCUCAUUAACUUGUGUUAUAUUUUGGAGACGAGGGAGUUUGUAUAGGGAAGAAAUAAGCCGAUUGAUACUGGCAGUAAAAAAAAGAAACACAACUGUUGUUGUAAGAGUUGCAAGUAAAAAACAGUGUCUAGUCUUUUCGGUUGGUGUCA